AGAGUGUGGCUUUGGACUGCUAUCCUGCGUAAUACCAGUUUGCGCCCUGUCUGCUCAUGCACUAGAUCUUCUGCGUGUGCAGGUUUAAGUCUCCGUGAGGUUAAAUUUAGUUCAGUAAUGUGUUGUAGUCUGGGUCGGGUCACAUGGCGUUCUUUUGUCUUUGUGGUAAAAUAUCCUGAGUAGCAUCUCUGAUUGAUUGCAUAAGAGAGCUCCGAAUCUCAGACCCCAGCCCCUGAAUCCCUAUCUUGUGCUGUGGUUUUUCUUUUUUUUUUUUUUGCAUAUUUGUAUAUUUUGUGUGUCUGUGUGUAUCUGAGAAAGUGUGAAAGAGAUGUCACGAAAAGAUAUGGCAGUUAAUAGUGAGGUCGGUGAUUGGGGUCUAAGUGACAAUGCUGGGGAAAGGGCAUGGCUUCUCCAGAGCCCCAGUGUGGACUCAGCUCAGGCUCCAGAGCAAACACAACAGCGCAGAGAUGGCACUUCAGCAGUUGGGGCAGUAUUCAUUGUUGUGAAUGCUGCGCUUGGGGCAGGGCUUCUCAACUUCCCUGCUGCGUUCAACAUGGCAGGAGGGGUGGUGUCUGGAGUUGUUCUACAAAUGUGCAUGUUAAUCUUCAUUAUCAGUGGCUUGGUGAUUUUGGCCUACUCAUCACUGGUGAGUAAUGAAAGCACAUACCAGGAGGUGGUUCGCGCUGUGUGUGGCAGAGUGUUGGGUGUAGUGUGUGAAAUAGCCAUUGCUGUGUACACAUUUGGGACCUGUAUCGCCUUCCUCAUCAUCAUUGGCGAUCAGCUUGAUAAAUUGAUUGGUGUGAUGAAUCAUGAGUCAGAGGCUGGUGUUCAUGCUCAUUGGUACACUGACCGCAAGUUCACCAUCUCACUGACCUCAUUCUUGAUUAUCCUUCCCCUCUCCAUUCCCAAAGAGAUUGGCUUCCAGAAAUACGCCAGUGCAGUGAGUGUAAUUGGCACCUGGUAUGUGACAAUUGUCGUCAUUAUUAAAUACAUUUGGCCAGAUAAGGACAUUUCCCCUGGUUAUAUACCCACACGCCCUGCAUCUUGGACAGCUGUCUUCAAUGCCAUGCCAACCAUCUGCUUCGGCUUCCAGUGUCAUGUCAGUAGUGUUCCUGUAUUUAACAGCAUGAAAAGGAGUGAGAUUCUGCCCUGGGGAGGUGUUGUCACUGUCGGCAUGAUAAUUUGCCUCUUUGUUUACACAGGCACAGGUGUAUGUGGAUUCCUGUCAUUUGGUUCCAAUGUGAGUCAGGAUGUGCUGAUGUCCUACCCUUCCGAUGACAUUGCUGUGGCAAUUGCCAGAGCAUUUAUAGUCCUCUGUGUGGUCACCUCUUAUCCUAUACUGCACUUCUGUGGCAGGGCGGUUUUAGAGGGUCUGUGGCUGCGUUUUCGAGGGGAGCAGGUGGAAGUGGACGUUACAAAAGAGCGAAGACGACGGCUUGCACAGACAAUUGUCUGGUUCUGUCUCACACUCCUCCUCGCUCUUUUCAUCCCUGACAUUGGGCGAGUCAUCUCACUCAUCGGGGGCCUUGCUGCUUGCUUCAUCUUUGUCUUUCCAGGUCUGUGUCUGAUUCAGGCCAAACUUUCUGAGAAUGAUGUCAGAUCAGCUAGCUGGCAUUGGAUUGUAGCUUAUGGCGUCAUCAUGGUUACAAUCGGCGCUUUCAUCUUCGGCCAGACCACCACAAACGCCAUCUUCCAUGACAUCAAUAACCAUGACUAGACUCCUUGGACUGACACCAGACUGUUUGGAGGAAAUCCAUGUCUCUUAUACCACAGAGCACAGCGUUGACUGUGAGAAUCCAAAUACACAUAAAAACACCCAAAUGUGUCAGUUUUAGGCUGAAUGAACCGAAAUGCAUGCUGCAUGAACCUUCUCACUGUAGCAGAUAAUUAAAGGUGAAACAGGCCACGAUACCCAAACAGGAUAUCAUGAACUAUUUUAACUUUUUUGCCAAACCUAUUUUAAAGAACGUAAGAUGCUUUUAAGAAAAUCAGACUUUUGUAAUCUGUCUUGUAAUUUGUUCCAGCGAUGCAUCUUC